AUGUCCUACCGCCUGAGCGCCGCACGCGACCGGUGCUUGGAGCUGGAGCGCGUCAUCGCCGGCCGUGCCUGCUCGGGAAGCCUCGGCCUCGACGACGCGCUCAAGCUGUUCGACGAAUUGCUUCUCCACGCCAGGCCCGCUUUGGUCAUCGCCUUCAACCAUCUGCUCACCGCUGUGUCUCGUGCCUCGGGACGGCGCCCCUCCACCUCAGAGUCAGAGCUCGUCGUCACCCGCUUCAACCGAAUGAUCCGUGAAUGCGCUCUGACAAGGUGGUUCCCAACCUUUGCACCUAUAGCAUCCUUAUCGGCUGCUUCUGCCGCAUGGGACACCUGA